AGAUGUGCUUGUGUGUGCCUGAACUAGUGUUUCCUCCCGCCGGGUGCAGCAGCUGAGCAGGAAGCACUGGGAGCGCAGAUGUUCCACGGUUUACGAAGCUUGAAAGGCUUAUUUCUACCGCUGGUGGCUGAGCAUCACAGCCAGGAUGGGUUACAGGACUGCGGUGAUGUACAUGGAGAUCGGCUGCUUUGUGGUCUGCGUCACUGGAUGGAUCCUCGUCUGCUCUACGAUGCCAACCGAGAUCUGGACGUGGUCUGAAGUUGGCAGCAUAGUCCUGACAACGUCCAACUAUUUCUCAAACCUGUGGAAGGACUGUAUAUCGGAUUCGACAGGAGUAUCCGACUGCAAGGGAAUCCCAUCGUUGCUUGCUCUGAAUUGGGAUAUACACAUGUGCCGAGCUCUCAUCAUCAUCUGUAUCAUCCUGGCUUUUUUUGGAUCAAUUCUGAUCUUAGUGGGAAUGAAGUGCACUAAGAUCGGGGGGUCAGAGAUCACUAACGCAAAGAUAACCUUCGCUGGAGGGAUGAACUACCUCAUAGGAGGGAUGUCUUCCAUGGUGGCUUUCUCCUAUUAUGGAAACAAGAUUAGAGCAGAGUUUCAAGAUUCUGCAUAUGUGGAACAGAAAUUUGAAAUAGGCGUUGGUGUCUUCAUUGGCUGGGGAGGUUCCACCUUGCUGGUUGCUGGAGGCCUCGUUUGCAGCAUCUUAGCAGGGAGGGAAGCGUGCAGCUCGAGCCCAGAGACAUACCCUGCCUACCAAUACCCCGACUAUACAUAUGUUCCACCAAAGACGAGUUUAAUGUCUUCGGCUCCUUCAGAGAUCAGUGGGAGCAAAAAUUCAAGGUCCUCCGGUAGGAGCAUACCCAGCAGCCGCUCCACCAUCUCCAGCAACACAAAUACAACGGCAACUAACACUUAUGUUUGACUCCAAGAAGAAGAAUAAGAAGGAUGCUUUACUAUUUUCAGUAAUUGAGUUUCGAUAUAUGUAACAGAGUCAAUUUUCCAUUUGUGUAUAUGCAUUUAUUUUUUAGUUUAUAAUCACCAAAAUCUGUUAAUUUAGUAUACUUGACAUGUCAAACCUCCAGAAUUAUGUGGAACCUUUGUGUUUUAGUUUGUUUUUCCCCCACGGACAUUUCUGUGAGUCCCCCACCUGUAUAAAUGAUUUCUCCCGCCUUUACCUUUCCCCUUUUGUUACUGAUGUCAAUGGGAGAGGUGAGUGAUGUGAAGUCUCUGAUAGACCACGGUUUGGGUUUCCUGUGUAGCAUGUUAAUAUUCCUUAUUAUCUGUGUAGGGGCUCAACUCGAUGCAUAUGUUGAAUGGAGGAAAUGUUGUUUUAUUUCAUUGUCAGGUACGUUUCUGUCUUAAUGUCGGCCCUUUUGUUACUGAUGUCAAUGGGAGAAGGGCUCAACUCACCACAUAUGUUAACCGGAGGAAUUUGUUACUUUAUUUCAUUGUCAGGAAAUAAAUGGAGAUCGCCUCCAAAAGAG